CUCAACACACUGUAUGAUCCGAUGAUUGGAACAUGUAUUCGAGCGACUUUGCACUCUCCUGCAUCCAGGCCGCUGCACAUCCUUGUCAAGCCAACUUCUACGUAUUGCCGCCAGUUCAGUAGCUCACAAUGGCGCAAAGAAGAUCCGCGCAUACCCGGUGCUGGUCGCGAAAUCGUAGAUGAGUUUGCUGUGCUGCGCGAAAAAUAUGAUGCCCCCAAAAACACUAUAGUCCUUGCCCAUGGCUUGCUGGGGUUUGAUGAACUGCGCCUAGCAGGCCAGUUUAUACCUGGUAUUCAGUACUGGCGAGGCAUUACAGAUGCAUUGGCAAAGAAAGGCAUUGAAGUUAUAGUCGCCGCUGUUCCACCCAGUGGGAGUAUAGAGAACAGAUCGGCGAAGCUGGCAGAAAGCAUCGCAUUCAAAGCAAAGGGCAAGCAAGUGAAUAUCAUUGCAGGACUCGAUUCACGAUAUAUGAUUAGCCGUCUUCGGCCGACAGAUUUCAAAAUCCUCUCCCUGACGACUAUAGCAACACCUCAUAGGGGGUCAGCAUUCGCAGACUACAUGUUUGAGACCAUCGGUCCUCGCCAAAUCAAACGUAUCUACAAGGCCAUGGAGUACUUUGGACUUGAGACUGGAGCGUUCUCGCAGCUUACACAGGAAUAUAUGAAGACGGGCUUCAACCCUAGGACUCCAGACGUACCUGAUGUCAAAUACUACUCGUAUGGUGCAUCCUUGGAGCCCAGCCGGUGGUCUAUAUUUGCACCAUCACACGCAAUUAUCAAGCCCAUCGAGGGUGUAAAUGACGGGUUGGUUAGUGUAGAAUCAAGCAGAUGGGGCAACUACAAAGGCACGCUGAUUGGUGUGAGCCAUCUGGACUUGAUCAACUGGACGAACCGUUUGAAGUGGUUCUUUUGGGAGCUUACCGGCAGCAAGCGCAACUUCAACGCCAUUGCAUUCUACCUUGACAUCUGCGAUAUGCUAGCAAAGGAAGACUUGUAAUCACUUGAAUACGAUAGGAUGCAGACAGAAUGCCGUCAGCUGAUCGGCAAAAUUCAGGAAAGAUAGCUAUGACUGUUUUGUUUGCACAAGUCGAAGUCGUUGGGCAGCUUGCAAUUUGAUAUUCCAAAAAGACAAACUUUGUCCAACCCUUGCCGGAUCAGCCGCAAACAAGUCCCUUGCUGCGCCGAAGCACGAUACUACAAUCCAGACAGGGGGGGCUGGCUUCCGCCGGAACUGCGGCUGUAGAUGGGGCUGUGUAAUACUGCAAGUCAUCCAGCAUAGGAAAAUGGCACCUCGAGAGAUGCGCAUGUAUUGAGGAUGGAAAAAUGGGGAAUAGACAAGACAUAUGACG